AUGGCGCCACGUUAUUGGAAUGCUACGGCUCCUUUGCCCUGGGAGGCCUUUGCUAUCGUCCGUAUUGCUGCCCUGGCGCUGUUUGAAGCGCUCUGGGGACUUUUCACGUGGCCUUUUGUGCGACGGACAGAAGAUGUUAAGUUGUCCUACAUUGCAACUAAGGAAAACCACAACCUGAUCGCCAGAUGCCCGGCGAUACAGACGUUUUCAUGCUCUCCAUGGGCUGUCGGUCCUCACGCGCAGACGUUCUUCAGCAUAAUCAAACUGGGUUCGCGUCCAGUGCCCCGAAAGGAACUUGUGACGAUGCCUGACGGCGUCCAGAUCACCCUGCUCUGGUUCGAACCAAAGCAAGGAGCCGCUGAAGACGCGCCUCUGCUGAUCAGCUUGCACGGCAUAGGCGGCGAUGAGAACUCCGUGAGGCCCAUCGUGCUGGCGGAGGAGUGUCUACGGCGGGGCUGGCGGAGCGUACUGUAUGUACGGCGGGGACAUGGCGAUAGCUCUCUGCUACCGGUGGCGGUACCGUCGGCGGCGGAUGGCAAGACCUCGGCGGCGGCGGCGGCGGCGGCGGCGGCGGCGGCGGCGGCAGGGGCGACCGUGACCAUUGUUGGUUGCGGCAAGGGGGCCGAGGGGAGGGCGGGGCAGGGAGCCAAGGACAUCGGCACCCCGGCCACCACUGGGAACGCCACUACGGUCCAAGUAACGGCCGCGGCUGCGGCUGCGGUACCGGCUGCCGGCGCCGCCACCACCGUGACCAUCAUCGCCACAGACGGCGGUGGCUGCAGUGACGUCAGCCCCUCCGUACACGGCGGCUCGUCCUCCCCCGCCAGCGGAUGUCUCCAGAAGGACCUCAGUUUGCCCUCCGUACUAAUGAUGGGGGUUGGCUGUGGUGGCGGGUGCGGCAGCAGCGGCACGGGCGAACGUGGUGACGCUGCCACCUCCCGUGCAGCGGCUGCCGCCGCCGCCGUCGACCCCGAGGUGCUCCGCCGUACACAUAAGGCCUUUCCUCAGCACGCGGACACCGAGGACCUUCUGGCGGUUCUUCUGCACAUCCGAGCUGCUAGGCCCCGGGCAUUGAUGGUGGCGGUGGGCUUCUCCAUGGGCUCCAACGUGCUGGUGAAGUUUCUAGGGGAGCAUCCCCCGCCGGGGGCCGCCACCUCCACCUCCACCCGCACCCCCAACCCCACUACUGGCCAAAAGAGCAACAGUGCUGUGACUGUGGGCGAUGGGGGUGGGCGAGAGGAGGAGGAGCAGGAGGGGGGUUCAGGUUGCUGCCAAGGCGAUUUGAUGCCGACCCGUGCGGCGGCAGGGGUAGACGUCGACCCGAACAACCUUUUGGCUGCGGCGAUCAGUGUGAGCAAUGGGUACGACAUUAUUGAAGGGACCCGGCACCUGGUGUCCAGUCGCCCCCUGGCCGACCGCAUCAUCACGGCCGCGCUGCACAAGCUGUUGCGCCGGAAACUUCCAGAGGUGCAUGCGAUAUGUGCGGCACAUGGUCUGCUGGUAGGAGAGGGGGUCGACUUUGAUGAAGUCCUGGCCUGCAACACCAUUCGCGAGUUUGAGCGGUGUCUCAUGCUGCCCAUAUGCGGCCACUCGGACCUGGACGAGUACUACCGCCACAACAACUGCCGGGAAGCGCUCAAGGUGGGUGUAGGUGUAUUUGUAUGUGUGUAUGUACGUCAGGUCUGCGUUUGA